AUGCUGUUCGCUCCCAGUGGACCACAAAGUCCGCGUCGUCGAAAUCGCAUCAAAGCUAUUCUAUUAACGAUCACCAUCGUCCUUGCAAUCUACUUCCUAUUCUUCGCCGGCGAUGAGGCCCGUGCUAAAUCAGUCAGCAAUGACGAUAAGCCGACCUAUGCGCAGCGCCAUGGCGCCACCUCUAAACCCAAGACCUCGAAGGAACUGGCUCGUCCCAUGACACAUAAGCACAAGGAAAUGGUGGUGGCGAGCAUGAAAAGCGACGAUACCUCCUGGGUGGCUGAGUACUUCCCCGACUGGUCGCGGAGCAUCUACGUGGUGGACGACAAGCAGGCACCUCUGACUGUCGCACAUAAUAAAGGCCGCGAAUCUAUGGUGUAUUUGACGUACAUUAUUGACCAUUACGACGACCUCCCGGACCUGAUGCUCUUCAUACACUCCCAACGCUAUCAAUGGCACAAUGAUGACCCAUACUAUGAUGGUGUUCCCAUGCUCCGCAAGCUCCAACUCCCUUACCUUCAGAAGAAAGGAUACGUCAAUCUGCGCUGUACGUGGACGCUGGGGUGUCCCGUGGAGAUCCACCCACUAAGCGAUACACACCGCGAUGACGUUCAUGCUGGGGAAUACUUCCUGUAUGGAUUCCAGGAGCUGUUCCCAGAUUUGCCUGUUCCGCGAGAAGUGGGUGUGUCGUGUUGUGCCCAGUUUGGCGUCAGCCGCGACAAGGUCCUGGAGAGGCCAAAAAGUGACUAUGAACAUUUCCGCAAGUGGCUCGUGCACACAGACUUGUCGGAUGAUUUGAGUGGACGGAUUAUGGAGUACUCCUGGCACAUCAUUUUUGGGCAAGAACCGAUCUUUUGUCCCACCGAGGAGGAAUGUUACUGUAAUGUGUUUGGCUUGUGCAAUCUGGUCUGCUAUGAAGGGGUCGCAUGUGAGAAUCGCUACGCUCUGCCACCAUACUCUACACUACCCCAGGGUUGGCCAUACAUUGGAUGGAAGGGGCAGGCCCAGGAUCCCAGCUCUGGGCUGCCGGAGACAUGA